AUGUGCGUUUUACUCUACCCAGUUCUUUCCCUUCUGUCGACUGGAGUAGAGGAGACUAAUUUAGAAGUUGCAGAUUUGAGCUGCCUGAAUUGGCUAGACAGCUGUAAUCGCACUCCCUCCUAGUCUUAAUCUCUUUAUCUGGCUAGCAGCUGCCAUAUGGCCCUCGUCAGCUGGAUCAGAUGUGGGUUAUGAGGACGGCAGGAUGGAGUUCCCAGACCACAGCAGACAUUUACUCCAGUGUCUGAGCGAGCAGCGGCUCCAGGGCUUCUUGUGCGACUCCACCGUGGUGGUGGGUGAUGCCCAGUUCCGUGCCCACCGUGCUGUGUUGGCAUCCUGCAGCAUGUAUUUUCACCUUUUCUACAAAGAUCAGUUGGACAAGAGAGAUGUGGUGCACCUCAACAGCGACAUUGUCACAGCCCCAGCCUUUUCCCUGCUCCUGGAGUUCAUGUACGAGGGCAAGCUGCAGUUCCAGGACCUUCCUGUAGAGGAUGUGCUGGCAGCAGCCAGUUACUUGCACAUGUAUGACAUUGUCAAAGUGUGUAAGAAGCGUUUGAAGCAGAAGGCCACAGCGGAGGCGGACAGCACGCGCAGGGAAGAUGAUGGCGGUUCCAGUUGCUCCGAUAAGGCUGACAGUCUCUCAGAUGGCUCUACGGGCCGUCCUGCUACUGCUGACCUGCUUCCUAGUGAUGAAGAGGAAGACAGAGGGAAGUCAGUGGGUGGGCCCCUGUGGCUGAGGCUGCCAUCCACAGACCGACCGCGGACACCAGCUAUGGCUACAGCCAGCCCAGGUCGUGGCGAGGUUGAGACACAGGGUGGAGAGGGUUUAGGUGAAGGAGGGAAACUACUCUCUCCGGUUGGCAGCCCAACCAGUUCGACUGGUUCUCUGUCUCAGAGGUCUCAUCGCUCCGUGAGCUCUCGCGGAGGGCACAAGGGAAGAAGAGUGUCAGCAGAUGCUGCUGACUGCGUCCUGGACCUUUCAGUCAAACCCAUAGCCGGUAGCAACCACAGUAACCACCAUCAGUCAUAUUUCAGUGGGGCAGCUACACCAGACAGCCUCCAGAGCCCAUUGGCUGUGAGGGUAAAGGUAGAGAGGGGUGUGGCUUCAGAUGAGGAAGAAGAACUGGGAGGUGGGGACUAUGACAUGGAACACAGCGGUAUUUCCAAGGCAACGACUCCCAGUGCCAACGGGGUCCUGACCCACCAUGGGGUCGGAGGCCCCCUGUUGGCACAGCGGAGGCUCGGCCUGGAGGCGCACCUGUCUGCUCUACGCGAGGCCUCUCUGGCCUCAGAGUUGGAGCGGGAAGAGAAGGCGUCAGCCCCAGCGGACGACGAGGACAUACUCGGAGGAGAAAAUGAACGCGCCGAGGCAGCCAGCAUGGAUAACUCCCUGCUGCCUUACGUGUCCAACAUGCUGUCGGCUCCCCAUACCCAGAUCUUCAUGUGUCCGCUGUGUAACAAGGUUUUCCCCUCGCCGCACAUCCUCCAGCUUCAUCUUAGCUCCCACUUCAGGGAGCAGGAGGGCAUCCGCUCCAAGCCUGCCGGAGAUGUCAACGUCCCCACAUGUACCAUCUGCAGCAAGACCUUCUCCUGCAUGUACACGCUGAAGCGCCACGAGAGGACACACUCCGGUGAGAAACCUUACACCUGCACCACCUGCGGCAAGAGCUUCCAGUACUCUCAUAACCUCAGCCGGCAUGCGGUGGUGCACACGCGUGAGAAACCGCACGCGUGCAAGUGGUGCGAGCGGCGCUUCACACAGUCUGGGGACCUCUACCGACACAUCCGCAAGUUCCACUGCGAACUGGUCAACUCACUGUCAGUAAAGAGUGAACCGCUGGCUCUGCCCAAUGUCAGGGAUUGGGCGAUUGAGGACAGCUCCCAGGAACUAUGGAAGUAGUUUGGACAACUGGGUCAAAGAGAAUGGAGA